GAGUUGCUAAAACGCUCUAUUGACAGUCCGUGCGCCAGACCCUGUUUUGGCCCGAUUUUUAUUUUCUGCGCGGGAACCAUACAUGCAGACGUUAUGCAGGGAAAGAUGACGACGCCGGUCAAUACUGUUGGUCGAUUUGUUGCCUACCUCGAGGCCAGUCGGUGAAAUGAGGGCUUCCUUCUUCAAGAAAUAUGUUGCCAGUCGUUAGUCGGAUGCCACUCGUCUUGUAAACAUCGUACUUGAUGCAACCAGCGCAGUUGGAUGGACGGGAGGCGAGGAAUUUAUCGUUUUCGAUUUUCACCCUAUUCUGGGUUGCCAUUACAUUGCAGCUGGCAGCACCACGAGGGAAUUUUUUGCACAAGGGAGACUAGGUGAAUUGAACUCCUCAGAGAUAUCGCCAUGACAAGGAUUAUCAUCAUGGUUAACAGGGUCAAACGCUUCCAGCGGACAACAGUAGAUCACCUCAUUUCUCCCACUGGAGUGGUCCUAGCUUAAAGUGAUGAGCUCUAGCCGUCAAUGGCCGGACGGUCACGCCGAAACUAGUGAGCAAGGUGGCCGCCUACAUCCAGCAGCAAGAUGUCUUCCUUGCUAACUUGACUGUCUAUGAACACUUGCGGGUUCAGGCAUUGCUGCGUAUGGAUGUGUCAACCACGGUGGAGAAUCGCGAGGAACAAAUCGACAAGGUCCUGGUGGAGCUUGGUCUGAUGAAGAUUCGUGACACACGUAUCGGCAGUCCGAUCACUGGCACACGUGGUAUAUCCGGCGGAGAGGCUAAACGCCUUGCCUUUGCAUCUGAAAUUCUGACCGACCCGCCAUUGCUGUUUGCCGACGAGCCCACUUCUGGACUGGACAGUUUUGCGGCGCAGAGUGUGGUGAACGCGCUGAAGAACCUUGCCGACAGCGGCCGAACCAUCAUCUGCACUAUCCACCAGCCACCAUCGGAAGUCUUCCAGCUCUUUCACCAGUUGUUGCUGUUUGCCGAAGGUCGCACAGCCUACAUGGGCCCCAUCAGCACUGCACCUGCUGCGUUUGCCCGUUUGGGUUAUCCAUGUCCAGAAAAUUACAACCAUGCUGAUUUCUACAUUCACACUCUCUCCAUCAUACCGGGCAAGGAAGACGAAUGUCGUGCUAGAGUCAAGGAAAUCACUGACGACUACCAACGGCAAGAGGAAGCAUACGGCGGCCUGAGGGCACCCCUGCCGGAGUCGGAAAACUUGGUCAACACGCUCAGGGAAAUGAGCCACAAUCGAAUCCAACCUCUUUUUACGCAUGCUAAGUGGAUACUAUGGCGAAGCUUUGUGACAUCUAUGAGAGAGUUUCAAGUCGUCGGAGUGCAACUUAUGCAGACCAUCGUCAUGGCUCUCAUGUUUGGCUUGGUCUACCUGCAAAUCAACGACCGCAACGGCAACGAUCGUGUCCAGAACUUCGCCGGAGCGGCCAUGAUGGUUCUUGUCUCUGCUAGCUUCACCACUCUGUAUCCCGUUGUACAGGUGUUUCCAACUGAAGUUGUUGUGUUGAUACGGGACCACGACAACCACAUGUACAAGACCUGGAUUUUCUACUUCAGCAAGUUCUUCGCCGAGCUACCCAUCACAACACUAUAUUCACUUCUUUUCACCGUCAUCACCUACUUUAUGAUUGGUUUUCGGGUGGAUGCAGACGGGUUCUUCACGUAUUUCGCCGUUCUUCUCAUGGCGGCUUAUCAAGCCCGGGCUCUAGGCUUCUUCAUCUCCACUUUGGCGUUUGACAACGCGCAGCUAGGCCUGGCGUUGGUCACUCCGUUUGUCAUCCCCUUCAUGCUCUUUACUGGAGUCUUUUUAAAUCCCGAUAAUGUUCCAGACUACCUUAUAUGGAUUGAUCGAACCAGCUGGUUCAAGUAUCAAUGGGAGGCACUGCUGAUCAACGAAUUUGAUGACUUGGAUUUAGGUUCCUGCGGCAACGGCACAGCUUUCUGCUUUGAGAAUGGUGAUGCAGUUCUGCAGCAGUUAUCUCUAGGACAGGGCUUGGAUCAGAUCUGCUUUGACUUUGGAAUCUUGCUGGCGUUGUUCUUCGCCUUCUUCAUUUCCGGACUUCUGAUACUGGUGUUGCGUAUCCGCUACAUCAAGCGCUAAUGUCUGCCAGGCGCAAUGCGUUGACGUGUCACU